GAGAAAAAUGACGUGAUGGGCGCGAGAUGAGAACGCGGUCCGCGUCUCCCGCGUGUGUCGCGGUUGUCAUGUUUUUGGCGGUUUGAUCCCCUAGCCGGCCAUGGAGCGCCGCAAGAAGACGAGAUCUUCAAAGAAUUCAACGCGGGAAGGUGAAUCCGGUAACGGAGACUCCGCGGGGUCUGGGGGCCAACGGAAUAACCGACGGCCUACGGGAGACGCCCUCGUCGGGGCCAAGCCUUCUUCCUGCCGUCAGCAGGCUCUCCGCGGCUUCGCCGGCAACGGCCACCAGCGCCUCGCCCAGUUCGUGUCACACCUGGCCCGACUGCGAGACCUGGUGCAGCAGGUGGCCGACUUGCAGGUCCGGCGUCGCAACCUCAAGAACGAGAUUCUCACCCUUCAAGACGAGAACGCGCAGCUGCAACUGGCGCUGAACAGGGAGCGUAAGAAGAUGGAGUUCCUCUGGACCGCAAUGGAGAAGCGGAGGAGGCCGCCGGGUAUGUCGCCUCCGCGGCCGCAGAUACGGCAGCCCCUGCAAGCAGCCGGCCACUUCCAGCACGGUGCACAUCCGGCGACGGCACCGUAUCCACUCUACGUGGACGACAUGGGUAACGCGGACGGGGCGCGCCACGCCUCGUCCUUCCUUCCGUUCCUCAUGCCCUGGAACGUGAACGAGAGUGACGUCGUGGACUUUGAAGACUUUGAGGAAGACCUGCAGCACUACAUCUCCUACCGCGCUUCCUCGCCCGUCGAGAGCUUCGUCGAAGAAUGCAGCGCUUUGUCCUCCUUCCUGUCCCUCGGAGGAGCCGCGGAGGCCAUGGGUGCCAACCCACCGAUGCGUGCACAUCGCUUCCAGUUUCUAGACGCCCACCGCCAGCGCCUGCAGCAGGAGUGUCAACCGCAGGAACUACCCAUCCAGCAAGAACAGCAGCAGGUAGGGCGACCACUACAGCGACAGCAGCAUCGCUUACAGCGACAGCAAAAUCGACAGCAACAGCAACAGCAGCAGCAGCAACAUCAACAGCGGCAGCAGCAGUUACUACUGCAGCAUCAACGCAGCAUCUUCCGCUACCCACGCCCGCGCCGCCAAGAGGGGUCCAUGCGCGCUGCACCUGCAGCCAACGAAAACACCGACGCUCAGGGGGAGCAAACGACGGGCCACGACCACGGCAGCCAAGGCGAUGACGUCACGGAUUCCGGCCGAGCUCGCGGAAGGAACGCGGUGGACCUGGAGUACGAACAGUUGCCCCUGGACUGACCGAAUUACCAGCUACCCGUACGCUUCCUUGGAAUCCAAGGCCACCACGCCUUGGCAUACGGACAGCUAUCGGUUUACACCUGAAGUAGGUCAGCCUGUUGACUGACUGUCCGUGGUCUGCUCCUGGCGAAUGAAACACCUCGGGUUCCUUGCGCGACGCAAGACACACCGUGGGCAGAUUUAUCGGUGGCUUCGCGUAAGUGGCAGUAACUGCACAGAUAAGCUGUCGAGUGAUGAAGAAAGAUUUGUCAUAGUGUCACUGCUUGACCACUCGACAAUUAACUUAACAGCGCCACGCAGUGGCUUAGGCGAACGUAACUUCUGCUGGAUACAUUUACCCACUGGUAAAAUGCUUCGUGCAAGAGUCGCUGGGACAGCGAUUUUGAACACUGAGCGAUUGAGCCGCUUCAAGCGAAUAAAGUUUGCU